AUGGAGAACACGUUCGAUGAAUUUGAAUACGAAGACAAAGUCUUAGAUGAAGCCAAAGGUUAUUAUAUAGAAGAAGCGCCCGAAGAUGAACUUUACAAAAAUCUGUGGGAAGACUACCAAAACCCUGCUGCAUGUCUUGUCAAUAUCGAAGAACUCCCGACCUAUGAACCGGAUCCCGAAGAAGAGCCCCUGGAAGAAAAACUGGAACGAAGCCUUG